AUGUCUUCGGAUAAGUAUGAGGUUUCUUUGAUUCGUUUCAAUGGCAAGAACUACUCUGCUUGGGCGUUUCACUUCGGGAUUUUCGUCAAAGGUAAGGAGGCGUGGGGACAUGUUGAUGGAAGUAACCCAGCUCCUGACAAAAACAAAGACAAAGACCAGCACGCCAAGUGGGAAGUCAAGGAUGCUCAAGUUAUGACAUGGAUUUUAGGAUCUGUCGAACCUAAUAUCAUCUUGAACCUUCGAUCAUCUCAGAUUGCAGCUCAGAUGUGGACUUACCUGAAGAAGAUCUAUAGUCAACGAAACACUGCUCGUCUGUUCCAGCUUGAACAUGAAUUGGCCGCUCUCCAACAGGAUAGCCUUUCUAUCUCUGAUUUUUACUCUAGAUUCACUAAUCUUUGGGGUGAAUACACUGAUAUAGUUUAUGCUGACUUACCAUCCGAAGGUCUUAGUUCUGUUCAAUCUGUCCAUGAAACUACCCAGAGGGAUCAAUUUCUAAUGAAACUGAGACCUGAAUUUGAAGGCACCAGAUCCAAUCUUAUGAACCGAGAAUCUGUCCCCUCAUUGGAUACAUGCCUCAAUGAUCUCCUUCGCGAGGAACAGCGCCUUCUCACUCAAACCACCAUGGAACAACGGCGGUCUGCAUCUGUUCCUGUGGCCUAUGCAACAUAA